UCCGUCGGAGCCUCCCUUCAGGAGCCCUCCUCGGCUGACUUGCCUGCCCUGCGCCUCUUCCACCUCCUUGGGUUGAUGUCAGAGAGGUUCAGGUGCCGUCAGCAGCUCCACUCGCUCGGGCGCACAUUCCAAAGGAGGCAAAAGAGAGAAAAGUGCAGGGCCAAGGAGGCACUGACAGCUUGGGUUUUGAAGAUCUUCUCAAAGACAAGCGAUUGGAGACCAAAGUGGAACCAUCGUGUGGCUUUAUCAACCCAAUCUAGAAAGAAAGGAUAUUUUUGGAAACUUGGAAACUGCCUCCUUGUUCUUCUGAAUGUUGGCUCAGAUCUCACCUUGGUCAGGCUGGCUCUACCAGGACCUUUACCUGGAUUGACAGCUCACCAACAUCCAGUUUUCAAGAACCUUUUGAAAGCGAAGUGAUAGGAAGCACAAAGUUGCACCGAAGUGGCUUUCUCAACCCAAUCUAUUAAGGAGAAAGAAAGGAGAAUCUUGGAAACUUGAAAACCGGCUCCUUGUUCUUCUGAAUGUUGGCUCAGAUCUCACCUUGAUCAGGCUGGCUCUACCAGGAGCAUCAAAACGUCCAGUUUUCAAGAACCUUUUGAAAGAGAAGUGAUUGGAAGCACAAAGUGGCACCGGAGUGGCUUUCUCAACCCAAUCUAUUAAAGAGAAAGAAAAGAGAAUCUUGGAAACUUGGAAAUUGCCUCCUUGCUCUUCUGAAUGUUGGCUCAGAUCUCACCUUGAUCAGGCUGGCUCUACCUGGAGCAUCAAAACGUCUAGUUUUCAAGAACCUUUUGAAAGAGAAGUGAUUGGAAGCACAAAGUGGCACCGGAGUGGCUUUAUCAACCCAAUCUAGAAAGAAAGGAGAAUCUUGGAAACUUGGAAACUGCCUCCUUGUUCUUCUGAAUGUUGGCUCUGAUCUCACCUUGGUCAGGCUGGCUCUACCAGGAGCUUCACCUGGAUUGACAGCUCACCAACAUCCAGUUUUCAAGAACCGUUUGAAAGAGAAGCGAUUGGAAGCACAAAGUGGCACCAGAGUGGCUUCACAGACCAAUCUAAUAAGGAGAAAGAAGGGAGAAUCUUGGAUACUUGGAAACUGCCUCCUUGUUCUUCUGAAUGUUGGCUCAGAUCUCACCUUGGUCAGGCUGGCUCUACCAGGACCUUCAUCUGGAUUGACAGCUCAGUUUUCAAGAACCUUUUGAAAGAUAAGUGAUUGGAAGCACAAAGUGGCACCGGAGUGGCUUUACAGACCCAAUCGUGCAACGGAGAGCGAGAAGAAUCUGGGGACGUUUUCCUGCUUUGCCCAAAGAAGCUGGCUCGCUGUCCUUCUCAACGUUGGUUCGGAUCUCACCUUGGUUGGGUUGGGUCUGUCAAGGUCCCCCCAGGACUGCAUUUCGUUCUCCACAAAGGAGGCCGAGCAAAGCCUUCUCCGCGUUGUCCUCUGGGUUCCUUCUCUCUGCCUUUGCCUUCUUUCGGAGAGGAGAAAAGGAGGUGGCACCGGGGCAGGAAGCAUGAGGAAUUCCUACACGGUGACCAUCCCCGAGGAGCCCCCGGCCUCGCCCUUCCUCCGCAUGCCCAAAGACCUUCGGAGCAAGAGCCCCAUGCCGGGAUCCCUCCUGGUCUCAACCUUCGUGGGUCUGGUGCUCAAUAAAACCAAGAGCUCCAAAACGGUGCAGGGUUUGACCGGACUCCGCAACCUCGGCAACACCUGUUUCAUGAACUCCAUCCUGCAGUGUCUGAGCAACACCAAAGAACUUCGGGAUUAUUGUCUGCAGAACCAGUACGUCCGCGACCUCAACAACAACAGCCGGAUGCAGAUGAACCUCAUGGCAGAGUUCGCCAAACUCAUCCAAGCCUUGUGGACAUCGUCUCCCAACGAAUCUGUGAGUCCGUCCGAAUUCAAGACACAGAUUCAAAGAUACGCACCACGCUUUGUGGGUUACAACCAGCAAGAUGCCCAGGAAUUCCUGCGUUUCCUUCUGGACGGGCUCCACAGCGAGGUGAACCGCAUCUUGGUGCGCCCCAAAGGCGGUAGUAGCGACAGCCUGGACCAUCUCCCUGAUGAAGAGAAGGGAAGGCAGAUGUGGAUGAGAUACCUGGCGAGAGAAGACAGCCGAAUUGGAGAUCUUUUUGUGGGCCAGCUGAAGAGUUCCCUGACCUGCAGCGUCUGCGGACAUUGUUCGACGGCCUUCGAUCCCUUCUGGGACCUGUCGCUACCCAUUGCCAAGAAGAGCUAUGGGGAGGUCAACUUGGCCGACUGCUUGCGGCUCUUCACCAAGGAAGACAUCCUGGAUGGAGAUGAGAAACCCACCUGCUGCCACUGCAAAGCCAGGACGAAAUGCACAAAGAAGUUCAGCAUCCAGAGGUUCCCAAAGAUCCUGGUGUUGCACCUGAAACGCUUCUCCGAAGCCAGGAUACGAUCCAGCAAACUCACCACCUUUGUCAACUUCCCUCUCAAGGAUCUGGACUUGCGGGAGUUUGCUUCCCAAAGCUGCAACCAUGCUGUUUACAACCUGUAUGCCGUCUCCAAUCACAGCGGAACCACGAUGGGAGGCCACUACACAGCCUAUUGCAAGAACCCCGUCUCCGGAGAAUGGCAUGCCUUCAAUGACUCACGCGUCACGCCGCUCUCCGCCAGCCACGUCCGCAGCAGCGAUGCCUACCUGCUUUUCUACGAGCUGUCCAGCCCGUCUUCGCGAAUGUAGCCUUCUCCCCAUCACACCCAUUGACUCCUUAAGGAGGCGAGAACGCCAAGCUCACGGAUGCGCUCAAUGGGGGAGACACCCAGGACUAUGGUGACUCGAGGGAUUUUUCUAAGCCUUUUUUUUUUCUUAAGAAAAAAAAUUACAAAAACCAAAAAAAAAAAAAAAAACAGGAGGGAGAAAGCCCUAAUAAAGCAUUGACUAAAGAUGCCGACUUUUGCGGAAAGGCCUUUCUCCUGGUUCAGGACUGAGGAUGAAGAAAACACUGGCAGUUGAGGAUGGCUUCUCGGAAUCCUCCUCACGUUCUUCAGGGUACUUUCUUCCACUUUUGGUUUCCCUUCUCUCUUUCUCACCCUCCACUUGCUUCCCCUCCACCUUUGGUGUGUGUAAUAAACCAUGAACAGCAGCAAACAGGGGCAGGAAAACUCUCUGUCCUGUUUUAUCCACAAAACCUCUCCAACCGGCUCCCAAAUUUGGGGGCAAAGUGUGUCACAAGUAGACGGACGUCUCCAACGGUGUCUUGAAAUGCAUUGGAGAGCAAUGAGAAACUGUGCGGCACUUUGUAGGAAUCCGUUUCCAAAUUUCGGCUCUCAAAUAAAGGCAUGCAACGCAACGGGAUCCAGAGUCCAGCGUUCAAAAAUGAUGAAUAAAGCCACUUGUUGACAAUGUCCGAUUUCCACUGCAUGUGAGAGUACAUUCGUGCUCUGCAAACUUUCUGCGGGGAGUGUCUUCUCCGAAUUUCGUGGCACUGAGAUGGUUUCCUGCGAGACUCAAGGAACUGAGCAACCUCACCUCUCUCUCCCUUUUUCUAUUUUGGAAGAACGCUUCCCAGUUUGGUUCCCUUUCUAAAUGUCUUUUUCUAACAAAGCUCCGAAGCUGGGAUUUUACAGGGUGGAUUUCUAACUUUCGCUUCCCAACGGUGCCUUAAACUGUCCGAGAGGGAGUUCUGCAUGAACCAGAAUUCCCCUUUUUUUGAGGCACAAAAGGUGUAAACUUGGCAAAAAACAAACAAACCCCAUACUCUCCUUCCUUUCCCUUUUGGAAAUGCUCAAUGUUGCUUAGGUUUUGCUUUUGCUUUGGGUUCUCUGCUGUAAAGACAAUGGCUUCUCCUGCCAAGGAGGCAAAGAACUGAGCCAACUUCAAAAUGGUUGAUGUCAGUCAACCAUUGAAUGUCAGUCACUUUAUUUAAUCUUUUAUUUAUUCUGUCCGGAAAGGCGUCCCAACCCGUGUCCGGAGGAUUUGCUCUCCGGCAAUUUGGGCGGAAACUCAACCUUCCUCGGUUGACUUUCAGUCCAUAGUUUUGCAAUCAUGAAACUUUGGCAAGCGUCCGGUCCUCUGUGAGGAAAGUGAGGAGACAACACUCCUCGACCUAAACUUAUCCUGCAUUAAAUCGGGCACUGAAGUAUUAGACGUCGAUAUGGUUAUGCCGAACGUGGUUGGCAUCAACGGAACCCAAUGGUGCCCCUUUCCCUCCGAAAGCCACCCUUAACCCCAUGGCUUUCAAAGGGAAGCUUCUUUUAUCUCAGUGUUUUUCACUCCGGCAUUAAGGGCCCCAAGACAGAGGGCAAGUUGAUAUAAAUAAUGGGUUGCCUUUCUCAUUGUCUACCUUUUUUUUUGGCUUGACUUAACGGCUUGUUUACUGUGUAAGCAAAGUUAGGGAAGGGAUUCCUGCCGUUCGUAAGGGAGACUUGUACAGAAAUAAAAACUGUAGCUUGAUAAACA